UCCCUUCUCUGUCUCUUGUAGGUCUUCAGGCCUCCAAACCCGUGGACAAUGGCCAUUAUGAAUGUUUUAGCUGAGCUACAUCAAGAACAUGAUCUAAAAUUGAAUCUGAAGUUUGAGAUUGAGGUGCUCUGCAAGAAUCUUGCACUAGACAUCAAUGAGCUGAAGCCUGGAAGUCUCCUGAAAGAUAAGGAUCAUCUGAAAAAUCUGGAUGAGCAGCUGUCUGCUCCAAAGAAGGAUGUGAAGCAGCCGGAAGAGCUACCGCCCAUCACAACAACUACUGCCUCUACAACUCCAGCUACCAGCACCACUUGUACAGCCACGGUUCCUCCACAGCCCCAGUACAGUUAUCAUGACAUCAAUGUCUAUUCUUUGGGAGGGUUGGCUCCACAUAUUACCUUAAACCCAACGAUCCCACUGUUCCAAGCCCACCCACAGUUGAAGCAGUGCGUGCGGCAAGCGAUUGAGCGAGCAGUGCAAGAACUUGUCCAUCCAGUGGUGGAUCGCUCCAUUAAGAUCGCCAUGACUACUUGUGAGCAGAUAGUCAGGAAGGACUUUGCACUGGAUUCGGAGGAGUCACGAAUGCGUGUGGCCGCGCACCAUAUGAUGCGGAACCUGACUGCUGGGAUGGCCAUGAUCACCUGCAGGGAACCUUUGCUGAUGGGCAUCGCUACCAACUUGAAAAAUAGUUUUGCUAAUGCAUUGAGGGCAGCCUCCCCACAGCAGAGGGACAUGAUGGAGCAGGCAGCAGCCCAGUUAGCACAGGACAACUGUGAACUGGCCUGCUGCUUUAUCCAGAAGACAGCUGUGGAAAAAGCAGGGCCUGAGAUGGACAAGAGGCUUGCAACUGAAUUUGAGCUCAGAAAACAUGCUAGGCAAGAGGGUCGUCGGUACUGUGAUCCUGUUGUGCUGACUUACCAGGCUGAGAGGAUGCCAGAACAGAUCCGCUUAAAGGUUGGAGGUGUGGACCCAAAACAGCUGGCUGUUUAUGAAGAGUUUGCACGAAAUGUCCCUGGCUUCCUCCCUACCAAUGACUUAACUCAGCCCACAGGAUUCUUAGCUCAGCCUAUGAAGCAGCAAGCUUGGGCGACAGAUGAUGUUGCACAAAUCUAUGACAAGUGUAUGACAGAACUGGAGCAGCACCUGCAGUCCAUUCCACACACCUUGGCCAUGAAUCCUCAAGCUCAAGCGUUGCGCAGCCUCUUGGAGGCUGUAGUAGUGGCUCGGAACUCCCGGGAUGCUAUUGCUGCACUUGGACUGCUGCAGAAGGCUGUAGAGGGCUUACUGGAUGCCACCAGUGGGGCAGAUGCUGACCUCCUGCUUCGCUAUCGUGAGUGUCAUCUGCUUGUGCUGAAGGCUCUGCAGGAUGGACGUGCCUAUGGAUCUCCAUGGUGUAAUAAACAAAUUACUAGGUGCCUGAUUGAAUGCAGAGAUGAGUACAAGUACAACGUGGAAGCUGUGGAGCUGCUGAUCCGCAAUCACCUUGUUAACAUGCAGCAGUAUGACCUCCACUUGGCUCAGUCAAUGGAGAAUGGCUUGAACUACAUGGCUGUGGCAUUUGCCAUGCAGCUGGUAAAGAUCCUGUUGGUGGAUGAGAGGAGUGUCGCCCAUGUAACAGAGGCAGAUCUGUUUCACACAAUUGAGACACUCAUGAGGAUUAAUGCUCAUUCCAGAGGAAAUGCCCCAGAAGGGUUACCACAGCUGAUGGAAGUGGUCCGAUCAAACUAUGAAGCAAUGAUUGAUCGUGCUCACGGAGGUCCUAAUUUCAUGAUGCAUUCAGGAAUUUCCCAAGCCUCUGAGUAUGAUGACCCACCAGGUCUCAGGGAGAAGGCAGAAUACCUGCUGAGGGAGUGGGUGAACCUCUACCAUUCAGCUGCCGCAGGCCGUGACAGUACCAAAGCAUUCUCUGCAUUUGUUGGACAGGUAGAGCUUUUGGAAAGAAAGAUGCACCAGCAAGGAAUCCUGAAAACCGAUGACCUGAUCACCCGCUUUUUCCGCCUCUGCACUGAAAUGUGUGUUGAAAUCAGCUAUCGUGCUCAGGCUGAGCAGCAGCAUAACCCUGCUGCCAACCCCACUAUGAUUCGAGCCAAGUGCUACCACAAUCUGGAUGCCUUUGUGCGACUUAUUGCACUGCUAGUGAAGCAUUCUGGGGAGGCAACCAACACAGUUACAAAGAUCAACCUCCUGAAUAAGGUCCUUGGUAUUGUGGUGGGAGUUCUCCUGCAAGACCAUGAUGUUCGGCAGAGUGAGUUUCAGCAACUUCCUUACCAUCGUAUUUUCAUCAUGCUGCUGUUGGAAUUAAAUGCUCCUGAGCAUGUGCUGGAGACCAUCAACUUCCAGACACUCACAGCAUUCUGUAACACAUUUCACAUCCUGAGGCCUACAAAAGCUCCAGGUUUUGUUUAUGCCUGGCUGGAACUGAUCUCCCAUCGGAUAUUUAUUGCAAGAAUGCUGGCACAUACACCACAGCAGAAGGGUUGGCCUAUGUAUGCCCAGUUACUGAUUGAUCUCUUCAAGUACUUGGCUCCUUUCCUUAGAAAUGUGGAACUCACCAAACCUAUGCAAAUUCUUUACAAGGGUACUCUGCGUGUGUUGCUGGUCUUGUUGCAUGAUUUCCCAGAAUUCCUUUGUGACUACCACUAUGGUUUCUGUGAUGUGAUCCCACCUAACUGUAUUCAGCUAAGGAAUCUGAUCCUGAGUGCCUUCCCACGGAACAUGAGGCUUCCAGACCCUUUCACCCCCAAUCUAAAGGUGGAUAUGUUAAGUGAGAUUAAUAUUGCUCCGCGAAUACUCACAAAUUUCACUGGAGUGAUGCCACCUCAGUUCAAGAAAGACUUGGAUUCCUAUCUCAAAACCCGCUCGCCGGUCACCUUUUUGUCUGACUUGCGUAGCAACCUACAGGUAUCAAAUGAACCCGGCAACCGCUACAACAUCCAGCUGAUUAAUGCCCUGGUGCUCUACGUAGGUACUCAAGCUAUUGCGCACAUUCACAACAAAGGCAGCACACCCUCUAUGAGUACCAUUACCCACUCAGCUCACAUGGACAUCUUCCAGAACUUGGCAGUAGACCUGGACACUGAAGGCCGGUACCUUUUCUUGAACGCAAUCGCCAACCAGCUGCGAUACCCCAACAGUCACACCCACUACUUCAGUUGCACCAUGCUCUACCUAUUUGCAGAGGCCAACACUGAGGCUAUCCAGGAGCAGAUCACUAGGGUUCUCUUGGAACGACUGAUUGUAAACAGGCCUCAUCCUUGGGGUCUCCUUAUUACUUUCAUUGAGCUGAUAAAAAAUCCAGCAUUUAAGUUCUGGAACCAUGAGUUUGUUCACUGUGCCCCAGAAAUUGAGAAGUUGUUCCAGUCAGUUGCACAGUGCUGCAUGGGGCAGAAGCAAGCCCAGCAAGUGAUGGAAGGGACUGGUACCAGUUAGAUGAGCCACAUGUCAUGUUGUAAGCGUGCCAGUCUGGGGGCCCCCAUACCAUCGACUGAUAGAAGACUCUGUAAGGCUCCUCCUGACCUUCCCAGCCCUCUUGAUUGGGUAGAUGCAACAGACCCUGGUUAAAGCUGUUCAAAAAGUUUCAGUUGUUCAAAAACGUUCCAAAGUUUGAAACCAGUUUUUUUUACUUUUGGCCAAAAUUCAGAAGAUGCUGUGAAUAUCAUUUUGAACUAAUGUAAAUACAAAGAACAGAAACAUUUGCCUGGACUUCUGGGUUUGUGCAAAUUGUGUAAAAGGCAGAUGGGUAACUGGUGCCUGUCCAGCUUGUAAUAAAGGGACAGCUGCUGAUGCCAAGCA